UCUAUCGAUAGUAUCGUUCGAACUCGAUUCAUUCGUUAAUUGGUCGUUGAUAAAAGUUGUUGUAUGUUUUUGUGCGCAGAGUAAUUUUGCGGCAAAUCGGGGAAAAUUCCUAAUUAAAAAUCUAAAUUCCUUGUGUUACCGAAUUAAAACUAAAGUGUAUCGUUCACCAAUUGAUAUAAACAGUGUUGAAAUUAGUGGUGUAUAAACCAAAACGUUGUAAACGAAGUGGUAGCUGCAGACUUGAAGUGCAGAAGUACAUUAUAAACUCGCCAAUAAAAACCAUACAUUUACAUAUAUAAAACAUACAUACACUAUAAAAACCACCACAUGUUCAUGAAAGGUAUGAAGCCUCCGGCAUAGCUGAAGAAAACGCUGCUCUUGCGUGUUUUCCAAUCCACUCGUGAUCAUCUCAUCAUUACCGUACAACAUUUGCUCUCAAACCUAAUUGAUUGACCUGCUUUCAAAGUGCAUACGCAACCAGCAUAAUGAGCGAUUAUCAAAUAGAGACGCGUCGACGUUCGCGCUCGAAAACACCCUUCCUACGUUCUAGCUGCGAUCACGAAAAUUGCGAACAUGCCGGCGAAGAGGGUCAUACACAUCAUCAUCAUCAAAAGAAGAAAGCGCCCAACGUGCAAACAAUUGUGGAGGAAACUGUUGAAGUGACAUCGUCUAUUUCACCAACAAAACAAACACAAAAAACAAAAACAUCUGAUUACUCCAGCGAGGACACCAGUCCGGAGAGUAAAUCAAAAAAGACCACAACCACCAUGAGUGAAGAGUCAUCACAGAAAUCUAAGCAAAUGUCGUCGUCCUCAACAAAUAGGACCACCACCACCACAACCAGCACGACGGUGAUUACCAAGGGGAAACGUACUGCAGGCAACAUUAGUGUCGCUGCCACAUCAACUCCAAAGGCGAUACAAAAAUACUUGCUAGAAAGUUUCGCCUCACAGUUCACAGGCGGGACUGGAGCCGAAUCUGCAGCGCAGCGCUACAAAGAAAUUACACAAAAUGCAUUGAAUACAGAAUUUGAGCGCUCACAGCGAUCGGCAGCUGCAGCGGGGAUUUGCAGCAAUAAUAGUAGCAUCAAUAAAUCAUACAGCCAGAUAUUGAGCAACAGCAAUGGCGAUCUCAGCGAUCACAUUGCCUACUUAGAAUAUAAGCGGGCUGGCGAGUAUUGGAACACUACACCAAAAACAGAUUACACAUACUCCGAGCACUCGUCAUUUCGCCGCGAAUUAGCCCCCGGCAUUGUGGCCAUGCCGAACAUGUCGCGCAACGGUUUAAAAAAUCAUAACGAACGUAUCAACUAUAUGAUCGAACGUGAUCCCGCGCAAGAGGAAUUCAUCCGCCGGCGAUAUGAAUCGUCGCGGUAUACGCAAAACCGUAGAGCCGCUGAGAAACUAACAUAUGAAUCGGGCGAUGAAGUUGAUCAACUGGAUAGCUACCGCAAACGGCAAUAUCAGAGGUAUUUGCAGGAGCAGCAAGAAUCAUGGUAUGUGCGGAUGAUUACGACUAUCGUAACCACAAUCACCAGCGCGUGGACAUCUUUAACUGGUGCUGGUAGCGGCGAAAGAAGCGGUGCUUUAGGCUAUGACAAUUCCGCUUUGUAUAGAACUAAGUAUGGACAGGUGGAGCGAGGUUUUUUCGGCUCUAUUACACACGCCAUAUCAUCAUCCAUAUCUCGGUUAUUUCGUUAUAUAUAUCUAAUAAUUUCAUCUGUAUUGUGUUUGGAUACUUGGCUACUACAAUCAUCGAACGCCGAUGGCAGAGGGAAAAAACGUUUUCUGUUGCUUUUGUUAAUCUUGUUGCCAUUGUUGUUGUUGGGUGCUUGGUGGUUGCUUGGCCAGGAUGACCGCGCCUACUUCCUUCAACGCACUCAGUCAUUAGUGCCGCUUUCACUACUCGCUGGUUGGCAGAGUGCGCUUUAUGUCACGGGCAGCUCGCUGAAAGGCUACUUCCUGCAAUUACCCGAUAACGUGAAAACGUCAUUCAAUCAGUACUAUACCAGCUAUUUAGGUGCAGUAGGGAGUGGCGGAGGCGAUGCACACCUGCAUAUCCACAACAUCGAACAACGGCUGCAAAAGGCGCUUACUGCUGAGGAGUAUGAGAAUAUAUUAAACCAUGUUAACAGUUAUGUGCAACAGCUGAUCGAUUUGAAGUUGACGAAGCAGCAGAGCGAACAGUCGGCACGCGCAGAGCAGUUGAGCCCAGCGCAAAUACAGUUGAUUGUCCAGCUGAUGCGGGAGAAUUUGCAGCGAAUAGCAUUGGAAAAGCAGCAGGGCAAAACUCCUGUAAAUCUGGGUGAGUUGAGUGAGGACGAUGUACUGCGGUUAGCUGACCUGGUGAGUGCAAAGCUGGCAGCAAGCGGUUGGGCGCAGCGGCCGGUUCCACUGUCUAGUGAAAACUUGUCGGAAAUAAAACGCCUAAUUACUGAGCAUUUGGAACUGCACGAGCACAAUCAUUAUACGCUGCUGGUGGAGCGUAUUGAUUUGGAUGCGUUGUUGUUGCGUAUCUUAAGUGCGCCGCAGCUGGCUAAGUACGUGGAUGCUCGUAUCGCUGCGGCAUUCGAGAGCAAACAUUGGCAGGCUGGUGGGACAGAGAAGCUGCGCGAAGGAUCGGGUUACAGUGAGCACUACACGGUGCAGCAGCGACUCAUCGAUGAACUCAACAACGAAAUCGCUUUCAUCAAGCUGGCGCUCUCCGACAAGUUGUCCGAGAAUGAAGGGCUGCAUCAGUCGAUAAGUAAAUUGAAAGUGGCGCAGGAUGAUUUGUUGAAGCGCAUGCAGGAACAUGAGCUCGCUACAGAUAAGCGAUUUAGUGGUUUGCUAGCUGAGAUUGAAAUCAAGCUCGCUGCGCUCAAGGAUGAUCACUUCAGGUUGCUCAAUCAGCAGAUCAAGCUGUCGCUGGUGGAGAUACUUGGCUUCAAAGAGAGAACACCAGCAGGUGCCAAUUUGGAGGAUGUCGACUUGCAAAAUUGGGUGCGUAACAUGUUUGUGGCUAAAGAUUAUCUCGAGGAGCGCCUGAUGGCGAUCAAUAAGGGCACCGACAACAAGAUACGUGAAGAAAUCGAUCGUUCCGGCAUGCUGCUGAUGCGCGAUAUUAGCGAGCGUUUAAAGCGUGAAAUACUGAUUGCGGUCGAGGCGAAACAUAAUGAGAGUGCAACAGCAUUGAAGGGUCAAAUCAAUACGGCUUUGUCCGAAGAGGAGGUCCAAAAGAUUGUCAAAUCGGUGCUGGCCAUCUACGAUGCCGACAAGACUGGAUUGGUGGAUUUUGCCCUGGAGUCUGCGGGCGGACAAAUACUUUCGACGCGGUGUACUGAAAGCUUUCAGCCCAAGUCAGCGCAGAUAUCCAUAUUCGGCAUACCGCUGUGGUAUCCAACCAAUACGCCACGCAUAGCCAUCUCGCCGCAGGUACAACCCGGUGAAUGCUGGGCAUUCCAAGGCUUUCCGGGAUUUCUGGUUUUGAAGCUCAAUUCAAUGGUAUAUGUGACUGGAUUCACUUUAGAACACAUACCGCGUUCGCUUUCGCCAAACGGACGCAUUGAUUCUGCGCCUAGAAAUUUUACAGUUUGGGGUCUCGAACAUGAAAAGGACUACGAGCCAGUGCUCUUCGGUGAGUAUGAAUACGUUGAUAAUGACGCCUCUUUGCAAUACUUUCCAGUGAAAAACAAAGAUAUCAAACGGCCAUAUGAAAUUGUGGAGCUGCGCAUCGAGUCAAAUCACGGACAUGCGCAGUACACUUGCCUAUAUCGUUUCCGUGUGCAUGGCAAGCCACCGGCAGCGUAAUUCAACAGGCCACAAACAACACAAAGUGUUUAUUUAGCUUUCUAAUAUGCAUAAGUUUACAGUAAUAAAUAGUAUACCGUCAAACUAAUAAUAAUAAGAACUAUGUACAUACCUACAAUUGCAAACUACUAAGUGUAAACUUUGUGCCUUAAAAGUAUUCAGAAAAAACUAAAUGAAAGAGCACAGUUGCAGAGUUUGAAAUUGCAGGCCUUAGCUAACCUCAAACAUCUACUAACAUAAGUUACUAACAAUUAACUGAAUUUAGAUGUAAAAAAUUGUAAAUAAAAUGAAUUGCUGCCACAGUGAAGAAUAUAAAAUAUAGUAUAGUAAGUCCUAUGUGUAGAUAAGCGAAAUGGUUUCCUACGUUACUUCAUAACUUGAAUUUAUGUAUACACAAAAAGAGGCAAAGUAGUUUAAGAGUUUUUUAAAUACUUAUUAUAUUUCGUUAUUUAGCUGUAGUUUUAAGUUACACUAUUAAUUAAUAUAAUUCAAUACACUGAAGUGCAUGUACAUAUUUAUUUAUUUAAAAAUUUAGACAUAAGACAUUUUUAAGAGUCAAUACCGCCAUACAAACCGCAAACAAAACUAAAUAUUUACAUAUCCAAAACUUGUUAAAAACUUGUGUACAUUAAUUAGCACUAAGCUUGCCAAUGAUUACUAAUUAAAUUUACUUAAAUAUAUGUUAGUACUUACGUACCAAAGGGCGUUGAAAUUGUGUGUUAAAAUCAGUUAUUUGCGUCAGUCCUUAUUUAGAACUUGAAUGGUAUUAACUUGGCUUUCAGGGGUUCUUUUCUACACACCUAAACAUCGAACGUGUUAACAAUAAAUAAAAACGUUUAUACAUAUAUUUAUAUAUUUAUACAAUAUUCAGUAAGAUAUGUAAAUACCAAUUUUUAUGUAAUUGGUUAUCUUCUAGCUACUAUUAUAGUUUGUCUUAUAAAUUAUGCUGAGUUUCGAGCAGGUAUUGGAAUUACGAAAAUUAACUGCAAAUCAAACCUAAAAUGGUGUAUGUAUUUAAAUUUCAGAAUUUUAUAAUUAGUUCAUGUAAAAAAUAAAAUACGUUGCGAAUAGAAAAUUAGUGCCGUAAUAUUUUCCUAAUAAAUAAGAAAUGAAAUGAAUAAUGUAAAAAAUUCCGUUGCGAAAGCGAUGGGCACUCAUGCAACAUACCUGAAAAAGAACAUAACCUUGGUCAUUGGUCGUCGCAUUUUUACCAACUUUAAACCUAAUGUAAACAAAUCACCCACCAGCAGUCUAAUGGCUCGCCCAGUGAUUUUUUUGUUGCAAUAAGCAGGCUUUCGGGAAAACUCGCCUAGGGCAAUAUCAAAAACUCCGUGACAUGGAUUUUAUGGACCAAACUCCUCUUAUAUCUCAAUACUUUACAAGAAUCGCUGAUUUUUGUAUUUAACAAGAAACACUUCUGCUACAACCUGUGGCAACUUGAUAAAAGAAGCAAGUUCAAUUUGAUUUAAGCGAUUUAGGUAAUUGAAAUAUGUAUCCCAAUAUGAGUGCCAGACGAAAGAGAUUCGUCUUGUUACCAUUCAGCAGGUCAAAGAAGUGUUCAAUCCAUAAUUUAAACACGCUUUGGACUUCGAUCACAAUGUCGCCGUGUUUGCUCUUAGCGGUA